CUUGGAGUCCGCCCCACCUCCUAUUUAAACGCACCAACUUCCCCCCGUGUCUUCUCGUAAUUCAGUAACGUACUUUCGCAACGACAGCCGGGGAGAGCGAGCGAGCGAGAGAGCCGGAGAGAAAACAAUGGGAGGGUGGGCUAUAGCGGUGCAUGGUGGCGCUGGUGUGGACCCAAAUCUCCCUCAACAGCGUCAAGAGGAGGCCAAACAACUCCUCACUCGCUGCCUCAAUCUUGGUAUCUCCGCUUUUCGCUCCAAUCUCCCUGCCAUCGAUGUCGUCGAACUCGUUGUUAGAGAACUGGAAACCGACCCCCUGUUCAACUCCGGCCGUGGAUCUGCCCUGACGGCGAAAGGUACGGUGGAGAUGGAAGCGAGCAUCAUGGACGGGUGUGGGAGGAGAUGCGGUGCUGUUUCGGGCGUGACCACCGUCAAGAACCCCGUCUCUUUGGCCCGACUCGUCAUGGAGAGAUCUCCCCACUCCUACCUAGCUUUCUCCGGAGCCGAAGAAUUCGCCAGGCAACAGGGUGUGGAGGUCGUGGACAAUGAAUAUUUCAUCACGGAAGAAAACGUGGGAAUGCUGAAAUUGGCAAAGGAAGCAAACACCAUCGUGUUUGACUACAGGAUCCCAGCGCUUGGAUUGGAGACAUGCAGCGCCGUGGUGGAGAGUCCAAUCCAGAUGAACGGGCUGCCAAUCAGCGUGUACGCGCCGGAGACGGUAGGGUGCGUGGUGGUGGACAGCAAGGGAAGGUGUGCGGCUGCAACAUCAACCGGCGGGCUGAUGAACAAGAUGACCGGUCGCAUUGGAGACUCGCCGCUGAUCGGUGCCGGGACCUACGCAUGUAAUCUCUGCGGGGUGUCGUGCACGGGAGAGGGCGAGGCGAUCAUAAGGGGGACUCUGGCGCGGGAGGUGGCGGCAGUGAUGGAAUACAAGGGGCUGGGGCUUCAGGAGGCUGUGGAUUUUGUUGUCAAGGAGCGGCUCGAUGAAGGGAAGGCUGGCCUCAUAGCAGUGUCGAGCAAAGGGGAAGUUGCAUGCGGGUUCAAUACAACUGGGAUGUUCAGGGGCUUUGCUACUGAGGAUGGAUUCAUGGAGGUUGGCAUUUGGGACUAAGUGGGGAAUUGGCUUCUUUUCUUGCUGGUUUGGUUGUGUUUGCUGCUCCAUGCUCUCUGCUUUGGCUGCGUUUCUAGUGCUGUUUCAUGAUUUCAUUACAUUGGGGCUACCUUUCAUGUAAUCCAUACGCCUAAGUAUGUAAAAAAUCUUGGAAGUCAAAAAAAAAGAAAGAAAUGCCAAGGCCAACUUUCCUGUC